AUGGGUUUCAAUAUUGAGAUCCCAAAGUUUCAUGGAGAUUUCUCCACUUGGCAAGAAACCAAACUGGCUGUAGUUGCAAUUGGUAAACAGAAGCGAUGGGAAGCAGAUCUCAAGUUUGAAUUCCCGAAGUUUGAUGGAGGCAUAUCCUCAAAUGAAUUCAUGAUCUGGAGUUCCACAGAGGAGUUAUCAGUUUCAGGGUCAGAGGAACAACAUGUUGAUUGGAACAAACCUCCAAUCUAUGAUGAAGAACCUGUUGCUCAAGAAAAAUAUGUUAUCCUUCAUCAUGAUUUUCAAGAAGAUGGAGACAAUAUUUAUCAUUCUAGAGGCUUUGAUAGCAUUGUCUUCAUACAAGUCUAUGAGGAUCCAUAUUGGCAAUCAUUUUUGCAAAGUUUAGAAUUGUCAAUAAAGGGAGAACUAAAUUAUUUGAAGAUCAACAAACUGCCAGAACUGGCUAACUCAUCACAGGCAAGUCUGGAGGAAGAAUCCAGUAUAAGGGUGGUCCGCGCCCUGUAUGACGCCUUAAGUGGUCGAGACGUUGAGACGGUCCAGAGGCUUCUGGCAUCGGACAUCGAGUGGUGGUUCCAUGGGCCCCCUUCUCACCAGUAUAUGAUGCGAUUACUGACCGGUGUGUCAUCGGACGAAUCCUUCGUAUUUGUGCCCCUCUCCUUCGCGGCUUUUGGGUCAACAGUCCUCGUCGAGGGUUGCGAUCAGAACCGUUUUGUCUCCUGGGUUCACGCUUGGACGGUCGCUGAUGGGAUAAUUACCCAAGUCAGGGAGUACUUCGAUACGUCCCUCACGGUCACCCGUUUUGGAAACUCGACCAAACUAUCCCCAUCGUCCUCGUCGAUUCGCUUUCCCUGCAUGUGGCAGAGCCAGUUUACCAAGGCUACGGGCAAGUCUGUUCCCGGCCUUGUGCUGGCUAUUUGAUUUUAAUCAACCAAGUUCCAACGUAACUUAAUUUAUAUAAGAAAAUAAAGACGGUGGUGCAGCCCUCUCUGUUGGAUCGGAUGGGUUGAGACUUGAGAGUACCGUAGAACCGGUUGCAUCGUAAAUAUGUAAGAGACUAGAGGUGUUUCCGUGUGACCUCGUUAGUUUGCUGUGUGUCUGUGUCUUGUUUCUUGUGUUUCUAUUUGUUAGUUGGGGUUGGGGGUUUAUAAGUAAGGGUCCUGAUGUGUGAAGCGAUGAGGAGAAGACAUUGGUUCUCUUCUCAUGGUCAUGGCCAUGGGUCCGUGUCUGAAUCUGAGUCUGUAAUAUCGUCUUUGCAUCUUCGUAUAAUAAAAGCUUGUUGUUGGAUUUGUCUUA